AUGGCCGGCCCGAAUGAUCCUAAGCAGACGUCUGACGUCUUCACCAGUACAGGCUUCACCAGUGGGAUUGAGGAAGGCAUUGUCUUCAGCCGUACCCGAACCAGAGCUGAUCCUUUCAGUCGUACCCUUGCCUCGAGGAUCCCCGAUGCGGACGACGCUGUAGCAUCCGGUCUACGGCGUCCGACGGACGUGAAACAUGCUCAGGUCUUUAAAGGCUCGCAGUUGCUGUUUCUGGCCUACCAGAGUAUUGGUGUCAUCUACGGUGAUAUCGGCACAUCGCCCUUGUAUGUCUUCUCCAGCGUCUUCGGGGAUGAAGCCCCUUCCAAAGAGGAUCUCAUUGGUGUACUGUCUUUGAUCAUUUGGAGUUUGAUCAUGAUGGUCACUGUAAAGUAUGUGUUUGUGAUCCUCAGCGCCGACAACGAAGGAGAAGGCGGGACAUUUUCCUGCUACAGUCUACUCUCCCGAUAUUCUCGAAUUGUUCAUAGGGACCCUCGCGAAGAGCAGCUUGUGGAUAUCCAGCGAUAUGAAACCAACGACAUGCGACCGUCGAAUUUGAGAGUCAGAAACUUUAUGGAAAGAAGCGGGUUCUUCAAAGGAUUGUUGAAGGCGAUUGGCGUGCUCGCUGUUUCAAUGGUCAUAGCAGAUGGAGUACUUACUCCGGCUCAAUCGAUUCUGGGAGCUGUACAGGGUCUCGAGGUCGUAGUGCCGGACAUAUCAAACGGAACCGUGGUGGGAACUACGUGUGGAAUUAUCGUUCUUCUAUUCGCAGUCCAACCGUUCGGUACAGCCAAGAUCGGAGCUACAUUCGCCCCCGUGGUCAUUCUAUGGCUUGGCAUGCUGGCUGGAUUCGGGAUAUACAACCUGGUCCACUACGAUGCCAGCGUCUUUGUGGCUUUCAAUCCAGGCGAGGCUUUCUCCUACCUCAUACGACAUAAGGAGCCUGGAUGGCACUCUCUGAGCGGRGUUCUGCUUGCAUUUACAGGGGUUGAGGCUCUCUUCGCGGACUUGGGCGCCUUUUCCAAGCGAGCUAUUCAAGUCAGUUGGCUGGGAUGGUGUUUGCCUUGUUUGUUGCUGGCGUACAUCGGUCAAGCUGCAUACCUUUCUGUGCACCCUGAGGCCUACGCGUAUCCGGUGUUCAGCACAGCUCCCCCUGGAUGUAAGAUCCCUGCCUUGGUGGUCGCCGUACUAGCAGCUAUUGYGGCAUCCCAGGCGAUCACUACUGCAACAUUCCAACUUCUCAGUCAAAUCAUUAAGCUUUCUUACUUUCCUCAAAUCGAGAUCAAGCAUACGAGCAAAAUAUUUCACAACCAACUCUACGUACCUCUUGCCAACUAUCUGCUCAUGAUUGGAGCAGUGGCGGUCACGGCUGUGUACCGGAACACUACACGUCUCGGAAAUGCUUACGGAGUGUGCGUUAUGUUUGUCACCUUCUUUGAUACUUGCAUGAUAACCCUAGUAGCGCUUAUAAUUUGGCGCAUACGACCAAUCUACGUCGUCAUCCCAGCUCUAACCAUCGCCGCCAUGGACGGCGCAUUUCUUUCCGCCGCCCUCACCAAAGUUCCCCACGGAGCCUGGUUCACAAUUGCUCUGGCAGCGGUUCUUGCAUGUGUCUUCAUCCUGUGGAGAUUCGGCAAAGAGCAGCAAUGGGCCGCGGAAAAGGAGGAUCGUAUUCCGCUUUCGCAAUUUGUGGAGCUUAAUGCUGGUGGGGAAUACCCCCUGGCUGCUAUUAAUGGCCAACAAGGAGGAGGAGAAGUCUUGUCGCGGAGUCGUGGACUCUCUGUCUUCUUUGAUAAGGGGGGUAUUAACACACCUCAGGUCUUCAGCCAAUAUAUUAAUAAGCUUGUAGCAGCUCCAGAAAUCGUCGUCUUCUUCCACCUGCGGCCCCUUGAGUAUCCCACGAUUCCAGCAUCCGAGAGGYUCGUGGUCUCUCAAAUAAAAUCUCUCACAAACUGCUACAGAAUUGUCUGUCGACACGGAUACAUGGACGAAGUAAUAACACCAGACCUGGCCUCAGUAAUCUACUUCCACCUACGAACCUACCUAGCCGACAAAAUCCGACCAGCAUGCACCGACGACCCCCGUCCCGGCGAACUCUCCUCCACAUCAACAGUCGUAAACGGCGAGCUAGGAGAUUUCCCCGAGAAACAACAACCCACCGUCGCUGGAAAUGCUACUGGCGCUGAGGAGGAGAUCUGGAGGGAUGAUUCCCCCAUCUCAUUACUGGAAUCUGCGUAUAGACAUAGAGUACUUUAUAUUGUGGGCAAACAAGAGAUGUAUAUUCAACGAGGAGGGCGUUCGAUUUGGAGGUGGUUGGUUCUGAAGAUUUUUUUGUUUUUGAGGGAGAAUUCUAGGGGGAAAGUGCAGAAUUUAAAGGUUCCUACGGAUCGAUUGGUGGAGAUUGGGUUUGUGAAGGAUAUUUAG